AUGAUUGUAUUGUUUAUCCUUGGACAGUCCGAAGCACUUGGUACGAACUCUAUUUCUGUGCGGGACGAAAUCAUAAACAAGCUGUUUGUUGACUAUAAAAACCAUGUGAGGCCCAGUGAACACACGCAGAACGAGACAGUGGUCACUGUGUACCUAUCCAUCUCGGCCAUCACUUCUGUGGACGUCAGGAACAUGGAAUACACUGUGGAUAUGUUGCUACGUCAGGCCUGGCGAGACCCACGUCUUGCAUGGGAACAUAUUCCGCAUUUCUCAAACUACACCAAGAACAUCGUUUCACCCAAAUUCAAAACGAAAAUAUGGCUUCCAGAUCUGUUCUUUCGUAACGGUAAGGAGGGCAGGCUACACAAAAUGACCUGCGAGAACCUUCUCAUUCGUAUCCAACCAAACGGGGAUGUUUUGUAUAGUCAGAAAAUCACAAUGCGCUUAGCGUGCCAAAUGCGGCUGCACACAUUCCCGAUGGACACGCAACAAUGUGAUAUGGAUAUCGGAAGUUACGGUUACACUUUGGAACAGCUUCGAUUCGUGUGGCGUAACGAGACUCCAGUUUGGCUACCCAGUGACCUGCAAAUUUCCGAGUUUGAUCCGCCAAAGAAAGUCAGUCCUAAUGACUGCUCGAGUCUGUACCAAACAAGCACGGGGCAGUAUACAUGUCUGAAUGUCACUUUCCUUCUGUCUCGUCAGAUUGGCUACUGGCUGGCCAGCACUUACAUUCCCAACAUUCUGAUUAUGGUCGUAUCCUGGCUGAACUUUUGGGUGAGUCUGGAGGCCACACCAGCCAGAGUAAAUCUUAGUCUGUUGACACUACUGGGUCUUAUUACGCAGUCAACCAGCUACGCAAGUAGUCUACCCCGCGUGUCGUAUAUAAAAGCGAUCGACGUCUGGUCUAUUGCAUGUAUCAUGUUCAACUCUGGGGUGCUGCUAGAGUUUGCCGUUGCAUCACACCUUUCAAGACGUCGCAAAGUAUCUGAGUGGCAAGUGGAUGUGCGCAAAAUGGUGCGCUCCGAAUUGGCACGUUGGUGUACGGCAUGUCAGCAACAAUACAAUCAACGAGGACCAUCAGCUGCUAUGGCUUAUCUGACAGCUAGUCAGGAGGCAGCAAAAGGUCCACAGUUCAUCGAUUCUGCAGCAACUGCCGCAUAUGUGAUUCAAAAUGACUCAUUAUCGAAUUCGCCUUCUCAUAUGUCGGUGAGGAUGACCAAAUCUGGUCUGAUGUCGUCAAAGAAGUCACCAUGCAAAUCGUUGGUAUCAGAAAUUAUUGAACCAGCACUUGGGGGUAUAGGCUUUGAAGCUCUUCAGACGGAAGCUCUGUUGACACGCGUGGAGCCCAAACCUCCACCCAAACCGCCAGCUGUCAAUGAAAUCGAUAAUUACAGUCGAUUCAUAUUCCCCACCUGUUUCCUCAUUUACAACCUUUCGUAUUGGAUGUACUACUUGGUUAUAAUGAAGCAUAGGUAG